UUCACUUACCCCACGCCUACCGUGGAUUUAACUUUGGCGUGACCCACACAAGAAACAACAACCCUUAAAAAAUUCUGGCCGCGUCCGAACAUCUGGUCUCUCCCAUUUCUUCUUCACACCUCUCAAUUCCAUCAAUCUCAAGCUCGUUGUGUCACAACUCACCGAUUCCCAACUCUUUCAAUCUUCUCUAGGGCACGUAGCCACCCUAUUCCUCCCCCGAAAUUGUUCAAGAGUUCAAUACUGAACCCGAACCCGAACGUCCAUUCAACGUCUACCAUUGCCUCCUGUCAAGAUAAUCAACCUACCUUCAACUAAUCUCCCAACCAGAAACCAUCAGUCACAAUGGCCACCCCUGCGGAGAAAGUUGCUGACGCUGCCGUCAACGACGUUACCAAUGCUCUGAGCAAUACCUCUCUCGCUGGCAAGGACGAGAACAAGGAUGCUGUCCAUGCUAGUGCCGCCGAGGGCCGCCGAUUGUACAUCGGCAACCUCGCAUAUGCGACAACUGAGGGGGAGUUGAAAGAAUUCUUCAAGGGUUACCUUGUUGAAUCCGUCUCGAUUCCGAAGAAUCCUCGUACCGACCGCCCCGUUGGCUAUGCCUUCGUGGAUCUCUCUACCCCUACCGAGGCCGAUCGUGCCAUUGCUGAGCUCUCCGGUAAGGAGAUUCUCGAGCGCAAGGUCUCUGUUCAACUUGCACGCACUCCCCAGCCGGCUGGCGAGAAGACCGAUGGUGCUACCAACGGCGAGACUGGUGCCGAAGGCUCUCGGCGCCGAUCUUCUGGUCGUGGCCGAGGCCGAGGCCGUGGUCGUGCUGGUCGCGCUGGUCGUGGCGGCCGAACUGAGGGAGGAAAGGAUGAUGCCCCUACUGAGGCUGGCGCGAAUGCUACUACCGUCGCCGAUAACGAGGUUCUGCCUUUGACCGACAUCACCAACAAGGCAGAUGCUGACAAAGACAAGUCCGCAAAGAAGGGCCCUGCUCGUGAGCGUCGUGAGCGCGGACCGCCUGCUGACGGCAUCCCCUCCAAGAACAAGGUUAUGGUCGCUAACCUACCCUAUGACCUAACCGAGGAGAAGCUUAAGGAACUCUUCAAUGAUUACCAGCCUUCCUCUGCCAAAAUCGCCCUUCGUCCUAUCCCCCGAUUUAUGAUCAAGAAGCUCCAGGCUCGCGGCGAGCCCCGCAAGGGUCGUGGUUUCGGCUUCGUCACCCUAGCUUCUGAGGAGCUUCAGCAGAAGGCUGUCGCCGAGAUGAAUGGCAAGGAGAUCGAAGGUCGGGAGAUUGCCGUCAAGGUCGCUAUUGACAGCCCCGACAAGACGGACGAGGAGGCGAACAUUCCUCAGGAGAACGAGGCCCAUGGUCAAGAGGCGGCUCCAGCUGCUACUGCUUAGAUUAUCUAAGCAUUUUUCCGACGGCGCAUGUUUAAUUCCCAACGGAAGAUGAAUCCAGGCAACUAUGUCUUAUUUACGGAUGCAUUAUACAGUAGUUGCGCGUCAGUCAAGUUUUAUGAGGGAUGGCAAGUUUCUUGAUUUCACCAUAGAUACGAAACCCCACAGGACAGCAGCAAUAUGACCUCAGAUAUCGUCAGCAGCGACUACAGCAUUCUGUAUUCGCAUUUCUGGCGAAGGUCUGUGUCAUGAUGCUGCAGUUUUGAUACAUCUUAAUUUUUACGAAUGACUUUGACAACCACCUCUCGAGCAUUUUCACGGGUUGUACACUAGGUGGACAACGGAGCAGGGGGGUCACGGUGGACUCGGAAAAGUUCUCGCGAGUACAGAAUAGAUAUGAUUGAUAAUGGAUUGAUGCAUUAUGA